UGAACCAUUCUUUGUUGUUUUGAAAACAUUAAUUACAGUAGCGGUACUACGUGGAUCUUUAAGCUGUGGUAGAAAGUGUACAUUUUCAUCUAUUCUACAAGGAUAUACUCUUGCAAGUUAAAACUUCACACAGAAAUGCAAUUAUGAAUGUGCAAGAAGGUAUCAAUGCUGCCUUUUCUGUGCUCGUUUCGCUGCUCAUAGUAAUAGUGUUUGUUUGCUUAGGUUGGUAUCUGGUCUGGAAGCUGUUUCUGUCUCGGUUCAAGCUGGUGCGUGAGCUCCUCGGCAUUGCACAGUCGAACGAACACUCUCCGGCUCAUACGCUAGGCAAGGAUUACCCAACACCCAGCGGUAACAGCAGUAGUGCCGCAAGUAGUGCCCUAACUGCCGAUAGCAAGUCACGCGCCCGUAAAGUGCGAAGAGACUAG